AUGUUAGUUAAAUCAUCCAAAUCUUAUAAAGGUUCCUUGAAAGUUCCAAGUUAUCUUGGGCAAUUUAAUGUAAUUUUCGUGAAUAUACAUUCAGGAGUCAUUGUGAGCUCUUUGGCAUCUUGUGGUCCGAAGGAGGUCCUAUUAGUCGCUGCAGUAUUACUGUCUUCCUUCGCUGGCCUCACCGUCCCCUUGAUUGUCAAGAACCUAGACAGCAUAGUAAAGGACUAUCUGGCUGCUCUGAACAACGUGGUGUUGGGGGCGCUGACAGCGGUCCUGUUCCCGAUGCACUUCUCGUUCAGCUGGCCCUACGUCAUGUCGGUGGGCUUGCUCUUGGCUGGGAUAUUUCUCUACGAAAAUAAAGGCCUAUGCAAAAAAUCCUGACGCUCAAAUAUUCAAGCUAGU